AUGAACACCAACGAGUCUGAACACGUCAGUACAAGCCCGGAGGACAUCCAGGAAAACGGCGGGCACGCGAGCUCGAGCGGCAGCCAASAGCAGAUCUCCACGUUAAGGGAACAGGACCGGUGGCUGCCCAUCAACAACGUGGCGCGACUCAUGAAGAACACGCUGCCCCCGAGUGCCAAGGUUUCGAAGGACGCCAAGGAGUGCAUGCAGGAGUGUGUAAGCGAGCUCAUCUCCUUCGUGACCAGCGAGGCCAGUGAUCGGUGUGCUGCGGACAAGAGGAAGACGAUAAAUGGCGAGGACAUCCUGAUAUCACUGCAUGCUCUGGGCUUUGAGAACUAUGCAGAGGUGCUGAAGAUCUACCUGGCCAAGUACAGACAACAGCAGGCGCUGAAGAACCAGUUGAUGUACGAGCAGGACGACGAAGAGGCGCCUUGA